AUGGAAGAAAACAAUCAAGGAGAGAAUAAAACCCAAACAACGAACCAAUUAUGUUUUGUGAAAAUGCUUGUAAAUAAUCUCGUUGCAGGAUCAGUUAUAGGGAAAAAUGGUUCCAUAAUAACAAGCAUAGAAAAUAAAACAGGAUGUAGUUUAAAGUUAUCCCCAACAAAUUCUUAUUUUCCAAAUACACAAGAACGAGUAUUAGUACUUUGUGGAAAACAGGAACAAAUAAAUAAUGCCUUAUUAGUAAUUCUUGAUAAAAUUAGACAAAUAAGUACUCAGAAUCUUCAAGAAAAACAGAAUAUUACUACAGCACCAAAAUAUACAUGUAGAAUUGUAGUACCGAAAUCAGCAGUAAGUGCAAUAAUAGGUAAAGGAGGACAACAAAUUAAGCAAUUGCAAGAUACUACAGGAGCUAAGAUACAGAUUUCAAGUCGUGAAGAUGGAUUAAAUGAACGAAUAAUAUCUAUCAUAGGACCUUUUGAAUCUGUUAGUGAUACUGCUAUAAAGGUAACAAAUUCAAUUCAGAAUGAUCCUAAUUUAAAAGAUUUGUUAAACGUUAUUUAUAGCAAAGAUGCAAAUAUGAAUGGGAGAUCUUCACUUUCACAAAAUUUCGUAAACCAGGUUCCAUUAAAUGGUUAUGUUGUACCACAACAAUAUGGUGUAUUUCAACAUGAGCAAUACAUGGAUGUUAACAUGAUGAAUUCUUUAAUGAGGCAAAGUCGAGAUUUAUUUAACUUACCUUGUGAAAUCUCUAUUCAAAUACCAGACGAAUUUAUUGGAUCAGUAAUAGGCAAAAAUGGAUCAAGACUUACAAAUAUUAUGAACAGUACAGGUGCUCAAAUUAGGAUAAGUAGAAAAGGGGAAUUAGUACCAGGUACGGCUGAUAGGAAAGUGCGAAUCAUGGGAACUGUUGCAGCUGUACAUGCAGCUCAUGUUUUGUUAUUACAAAGACUUGAAUCUGUUUAUAUGCAACUCAGGACUAUGCAAGUCAAGUGUGAUGCAUAA